AGCUUUUGAGCUUUCAUAUGAAUCAAGAAGAGAUGAGCUGCAAAGUAUUUGCAGGAGUGACGUCUAAACUGAACCAGACGAACCUUCCUGCAAUAAGCUCACCUUAGUCUGACACUGUAAGUAGCACGCUCCCAGUGCAGGUUACAUCGCAGUGAUGUUUUACAGGGAACAGUCAAGACCGGAGAUCUUGGGCAAGAAAAGUGAUCGAGUUUUACGCGUUUUCAAUCGAAUCGACCCCUGCAUCCAACGACCGGGCUCGGGGGAGAAAGUUUCAAGUAAUGAAGGUUUCAGACAUUAUCUUCUCCUCAAUUAUACGACCGGUCGCUGUAUUCACGUCCGGAAGAAUCUACAAACCUUUGAUCUCUUCUUGCUUUGGACUGUCGCUUAUGGUUCUCAAGACUUCCACAAGUUCAAACGUAAGGAAGGCGGUUACUUGCAGAGCCCUGGAAUCUGGAUGGAGGAAAUAACUCCAAGACAUGGCUGCUUGGAACGCUUCUCGCUGGAUUGAAGGAAGAGAGUUCAGUUAUUUGUGGACUAGCGUGGAUUCUGCCUAUAACGCCAGAACCAGCAUCGAAGAGCCCAGCAGAGUGAACGAAUAAAAUCACAGUCCAGCGGAAUCCCAACUGGAUUUUGGGAGUCGGAGAAGCAAAAGAUACAAAUGGGCCCCAGGAGCGAAGACUCGUGGUCAUAACAAUCAGUUUUCACCUGUGAUAUUGUUCCUUUCAAUCGAGAGUCUCAAGUACUUAUAUCAUCUCAUGUACGUAUGGAGAAACCCAACUAUACUGUAUCAGUUACAAAUCUCGAUUCCAGCAAUUCGAUUAGGUCGGUAUUUCCGGAGAUUCACGAGCAUCAGUGGCCAACGGACUCCAAUUCCAAAGCAUGGUCUCCGUUGACCUCCUGAUCUAAUGGUGUUUGAAAGGACCAUGGUA